CGUCUUGUUUACAGUGGUUGUGCCAGGCCUGUGGCCAACAACGUGUUAGGGUUUUAUUGCUUACCUUUAUUCUUUUGUUACAAGGGUCAUUGUAUGAAACCUCCAAUCUGGAUCGAGGCGGUAACAACAGGAAGAAGAAAAUAGAGGAAUUCUCUAGGUCUUCUCGGGAGAAACUUGUCCAGUCGAAGAACAAAAUGUUCUCCAAAUUUACGUCAAUUCUUCAGCACGCUGUGGAAGCGCUUGCCCCAUCGUUGCCCUUGCAGGAGGACUUUGUCUAUCACUGGAAGGCCAUUACACAUUAUUACAUCGAGACUUCUGAUGACAAAGCUCCAGUCACGGACACCAAUAUCCCAUCCCACCUGGAACAGAUGCUGGACAUCCUGACCCAGGAGGAAGAGGAAAGAGAGUCUGGAGAGACAGGACCCUGCAUGGAGUAUCUCCUACAUCAUAAGAUCCUGGAGACUCUCUACACCUUGGGCAAGGCAGAUUGUCCUCCAGGGAUGAAGCAGCAGGUGCUUACCUUCUACACAAAGCUGCUAGCACACAUUCGUCAACCUCUCCUGCCACACAUCAAUGUCCACAGACCUGUACAGAAACUGAUCCGUCUGUGUGGUGAAGUGCUGGCUGCUCCCACAGAAAAUGAAGAGAUUCAGUUUCUUUGUAUAGUCUGUUCCAAACUGAAGCAAGACCCAUACCUUGUUGACUUCUUCCUUGAGAACAAGUCAAAGAGACCUGAUACAAAGACUCCUGGAGGGACGGAGCUGGUGAAGGACAAUGUGUUGGCUCCAGACACUGGUCAAUCUUGGACAGAGGAACAGGCUGAGCGCCCAGAGCAGCCUCAGGCUGCAGCUGCUGCCUCUACCUCUACUCCAAGCAGUAACCAUAAUAACGGCAACAAUUACAAUCUUGUCACAUCACUGCUUAACCUCACAAAGAGCCCUGAUGGCAGGAUAGUGGUGAAGGCCUGUGAGGGCCUGAUGCUGCUGGUCAGUUUACCAGAGCCUGCAGCUGCUAAGUGUUUAACUGAAAACACUGAGCUCUGUGAGCUCCUGACUGACAGGCUGGUCUCCUUCUAUAAAGCCCUGCCACAGUCCAUGGACCCCUUGGACAUCGAGACAGUGGAGUCGGUCAACUGGGGUCUGGAUGUGUAUAACCUGAAGGAGGAUGCUGCUGUCUUCACAGGGAAGAGGGCUCUCAUCUCCUUCCUGUCCUGGCUAGAUUACUGUGACCAACUCAUCAAGGAGGCUCAGAAGUCAGCAGCUGCAGUUAUGGCAAAAGCUGUGAGAGAAAAAUUCUUUGUGUCUGUUAUGGAACCACAGCUCAUGCAGACGUCCGAGGUGGGCAUCCUGACCUCCACUGCCCUGCUGAACAGGAUCAUCAGGCAGGUGACGUCGGAGGCUUUAAUGCAGGAGAUGAUUUACUUCUUGCUGGGAGAGGAGAGGGAGCCAGAGACUCAAGCCACUAUGGCUCAGAAUCCACUCAGACACAGACUCAUUGAGCACUGCGACCACCUGUCAGAUGAGAUCAGCAUCAUGACGCUGAGGCUGUUUGAGCAGCUGAUCCAGAAGCCCAACCAGCACAUCCUCCACAGCUUGUUGCUGCGUAGCCUGGAAGAGAGGAACUACCUGGAGAACAAACCACAGGAGGAGCGGGAGCCCUUGGAGAACGGGCAGCCCCAUGAUGCUGUAGACCUUGAGGAGGAUCCACUGUUCGGGGAUGACCUCUCUCCAGACAGCCGGCUGUCUGGUUCAGAUUGGCUCAGCUCCUCUCCCCCACAGAGUCCUGACCACUCGAAGUGUGACGGGAAGACAGAGGUCCACAAAAUUGUCAACAGUUUCCUGUGUUUGGUGCCGGAUGAGGCGAAGUCAUCUUAUCAUGUUGAAGGCACAGGCUAUGACACCUACCUCAGAGAUGCACACAGACAGUUCAGGGACUAUUGUGGGGUCUGCCAGCGGUGGGACUGGAGGGGAAAUCCAAAGCCGCUGGAAAAGUGUAACUUGGACAGCCCGUUCUUCGAGGGCCACUUCCUCAAGGUCCUCUUCGACAGGAUGGGUCGCAUCCUAGAUCAGCCGUACGAUGUCAACCUGCAGGUGACCGCUGUGCUGUCCAAGCUGUCUAUGUUUCCACACCCCCACUUGCACGAGUACCUGCUGGACCCUUACAUCAACCUGGCCCCUGGCUGCAGGUCUCUGUUCUCCGUCAUCGUCCGUGUGGUGGGAGAUCUCAUGCUGAGGAUUCAGCGCAUUCCAGACUUCACACCCAAACUGCUGCUGGUGAGGAAGAGACUAUUAGGUCUGGAGCCUGAGGGCAUCAACAUCGACCACAUGACUCUGCUGGAGGGAGUGAUCGUACUGGAGGAGUUCUGCAAAGAGCUGGCAGCCAUCGCCUUCGUCAAAUACCACGCGGCUGCCGCCUCCUCACCGUAAUCGUCCUGCUGUUCAUCCAUCUGCCUCAGCCAGGCAGACGUGUUGGGAAUAAACUGGGCCUCUGGGGUGUGGUGGUACUGGUGUCACAGGAUUGGCAAUACAGCACCGCUAACAGCCCAUCCCUGCAAGACUGUUAAAGCCCACUCGGACGGGUUCAUGGCUCCCCCUCUUCUGGCCUCUCGGGCUCCACUAUAAAAAAAAAGAAGUCUUUGGUCUUGGUUUUGAGAAGGUCAGAGCAGCAACACUGCCCAGCCAGCAGAGGAACAAGAGGAGGAGGAUCGAGGUGGAGGAGCAGAGAGAUGGGCACCGGACUAUUUGUCAGCCUCUGCCUUUACUCUCACUCCUUCCCCCUUUCUUUCUCACCAGCCAAAAGAUAACCCUGUAAUUAUUAUAUCAAGGAAAAAAGACGUUUGUGUAUUUAUUUCCUGUCCUUUUAUCACCCAUUUGUAAACGUCAUUUGCCUUAGUGUGAAAUCGCACCUUUCAGUUACAGAAGAUUGUUUCCUAAUGAAACAUUUUAAUCUUAACUCCUCACAUGUUGUCUGUUUGAAGACA